AUGUGCUGCCAUAUAGAAUUUUCAUCACAGCCCGUUCAAACGGCUCAAGUGCAAGAGCCCGAAAAGAAAACGAAAAUCGUUCUCGCAGUUACGCACGAUGCAGAGGUUUUACUAGGAACUGCCGUAGUAAACAUUUUUGACAUAUACAAUAAGCCACAUACAUGCAGACUAUUACUCGAUGGAGGCUCUCAACCGAAUUUUAUUUCAGAAAAAUUAGCAUCGAAACUUAAAUUGGAUCAAAUAAAAAUUGAUAUGCCCUUCGGCGGUCUGGGCCAGCUUGUUACUCGUGCUAAUUACAAGGUUAAAGCUAAGAUUCAAUCACGUAUUAAUGCAUGCGAGCAUGAAAUAGAAUUAGUUGCACUUCCAACUAUUACUAGUCUAUUGCCAUCGCGUUUUGUAGACAAAGGCUCUCUUAGUCUUCCUCAUGGUAUCAAGCUAGCAUAUCCAGAAUUUAAUAAACCUGCAGAAAUUGACAUUUUGAUUGGAGCAACUUUGUAUUAUAAGCUUUUAAGUACCGGUCAAAUUGUUAUGAAAGAGCAGCCUAACGUCACUUUACAGAAAACCUUGUUAGGUUGGAUAAUUGCAGGUGAAGUAGCGGUGAAACAAUCUGCGUCUCCGAGAGCGUGUCAUUUAGUAACACUCGAUUCAAAAAUAACUCGUUUUUGGGAAAUUGACAGCAUCCCUCAGAAAAAGCUCUUAUCUCUUGACGAGCAAAAAUGCGAAAAAUUCUAUUCGGAAACAACAACACGGCGAUCUGACGGAGUUUAUGUAGUUCGUCUGCCAUUUAAUGAUCAAAGAGAUAAAUUAGGAAAUAAUUACUAUAAUGCGCUUAAUCGUGCUUACUCACAAGAACGUAAGUUAUCGAAAAACCCUUCAUUAAAAGAAGCAUACACGGGCAAAUUAUGCAGAUAUCGAGAUCUUGGUCACUUACGCGAGAUUACUAAUACAAAUACGCGCGAUCAAGGAUAUUACAUACCGCAUCUUGACGUUACUAAACGCGAUUAUGAAGCAUCACGAUUAAAACGGAUUGUAUUCGACGGGUCACACAAUAUUGUGCUUGCAGGCGAUUUGCAAAAAAUGUUUCGAUGUAUUCAAGUUCACGAAGAUGAUGUAAAAUAUCAAAAAAUCCCAUGGCGUAAUGAUAGUUCAGAACAAAUGCGCGUUUUUGUGCUAACUACGGUAACUCAAGGCACUGCGUGUGCUCCAUAUUUAGCUGCUAGGACACUUCAUCAAUUAGAAAUUGAUGAAGGGGGCAGGUACCCGCAAGCUGCUCAAUUUUUAAAAAACGAUUUUUAUGUAGAUGAUUUACUGACAGGUGCAAGCUCACUUGAAGCAGCCGUAGAACUUAAAGAUAAAUUGGAAAAAUUGCUUGAACUUGGAGGUUUUAAAUUUCACAAAUGGACUUCAAAUGAGCCAAGCCUGUCAAGUCAAUCAAAUUCGAGUGAUGAAUCGAACAAAGCGGAUGCUGAAGCAGAAGCAGCGAUCAGUGAUAAUUCCAUGAGCAAUGAAACACAGAAACAACAUAGGAAGCGGCUCCAAGUCAUUUUGGAACAAUUAUCUAUAAAUUCCAAAGAUUGGGGUAGCCAUCGAAAGCAGAGGACCCUACACUAA